AUGGAAGCAGAAGGGGAUGUCAAUGGGGGGCAAGGAGAUUAUGAUCAAGUCUAUUACACAGGCUAUUCUGAGUUAUGCGAUGUCGUGUUUCUUGUUGCCCAAGAGUUUUGCUUUCAGUGGAAAAGGGAUGCUGAGGCUAGGGGGAUCCAUUGGUGUAGUUGGAACAAAAUGACAAGGGCAAAAUCUAACGGAGGGCUUUAUUUUCCCAAUUGUUCCUUUCUUGAGGCUAAAAGGGGAAGUAGAGCUUCGUGGGCCUGGUUGAGUCUCCUGCAAAGGAGGGAUCUGCUGAGUAAAGGUUUGAGGUGGCAGAUUGUGACAAAAGAGGAGCUGCAAGAAAUCGUUUCUAUCCCCACCUCUCAGUUCAAGAGGGGGGACUCUCUUGUUUGGCAUCAUACUAAGAAUGGAAAUUACUCGAUCAAGACUGGCUACCAUCUUGCUUUUCAGGCUCUUUCUCCUCAAGCGAAUGGACCUUAUUCCUCUUUUACCCCAAAUAAGAAGCUUUGGGAUGUAAUUUGGCAACUGAACAUUCCACACAAGAUGCGUCAUUUAUGGUGGAGGGCUAGUAGUAACAGUCUAGCCACAAAGGAGAACUUAAUGAGAAUGAGAUGUGGUUCCUCUAAGACAUGCCCAAUCUGUGGAAGCUUUGACGAGUCCAUUGAACAUCUUCUGUUUAACUACCAAUGGGUGGACCUCUCAGCUAGUGAUGUUUUGAAGGGAAAGCAAUUAAUGAGUUUUCUGGGAAGAGUGGUGACUAUUGUGUGGUAUAUAUGGAAGUCCAGAAAUGAUUUCGUUUUCAAUUAUAAUCUUGUUGAUCCUGAGAAUACUAUGAGGCGAGCCUUUGAGGCACUUCAUGAGUUCUCGGACCUUAGGAUCCCUUGUUUGGUCCACAUGGACAACCCAACAGUUGAGGUCGUUUCUUCCCAUUGGAGGGCUCCAGAUCAUGGAAAUUUCAAGCUUAAUUGUGAUGUCGCAGUUCAUUGUAAUGGUAGGAAGGGAGUUUGUGUUGUGGUUCUUAGAAAUGAGGCAGGAUCUCUACUGGAUGGGCAAGUGCUUAAAGCAGACAUCUCCUCCCCUCUUCAUGGUGAGUUGUUGGCAAUUUGA